AUGCGCAAUACACACGUCUUGCUCUGUUUUUGUUUUAACUAACGCUAACUCCGUCGACUGGCUGUUUUCGCGAAAAUGGAAACGACAGGCCUAACGAUAGCCAUUAGUGUUAUCUCUCUUUUUGUCUCAGUGGCGUGCACAGAGUCUCCGCCAAGGCAACUGAAUACGGAAAGUAUCCUAAUAAAUGUGACGGCGGGGACAGUUGUGGAUACACAGCAGCAAGACUCCAACAACUUACAGAUCAAUUUAAACAUCUCAGUGGACGAAGAACGGGUGCUGGUCAAUGAUAUCCCAGUAGAGCUGUCAGGGGUCACCAGGUUCAUCUGUCAAGCACUCCUCUUAGACGGCAUCAAUGGAAGCAGUGAGUUUGAGUCUGGGGACUUGGUGUCCACUGUCACGCGGGUGAUGGUGAGCCAGAACCGGCUAUACAGCGAUUCAGAGGAAGUAGUGGCUCUGCAGGUGUUCAGUGAAGUAAUAGAGAUGGAUGGGAAAGAGGUCCAGCAGCCCGACAUGUGUGAGGUGAAAAUCCUGAUGAGCCCUGAUUUCCAGAAGCUGGCUCAGUUUACCAACAUCUACCCCAUUGGACACAGUGAGAUCUUCAGGCUUCCCAGGGAGAAUGACGUGCUUGUGACGGAAAAGCCAAAUCACACGAAAGACAAAGAAGAGCUCAUGUCGCAGACCACCAGCCAGUAUCCCCUGAAGCACACAGAGACCACGCUGGAGGAGAUUGCGGCACCUGGAAAGCUCCCGGAGACUCCGCUUCGCAUGGACCCCGACCUGCUGUACGACAUCAGAUACGAUGAUGAUUUUGAUGUCAGGGAGCCGAGGCAGCCGGACCAGAUUCAGAUGAAGACUCCAACCAAAGAAUCUAUAUCCUCCUACUCUGCCAUGUGUCAGUGGGUGGAGGGAGUGAGGGAGCAUCUGAGGCGCUUCAGCUCUGAGUCGCUGCCGCUCUUCUUCCUGGUGAUGUGGGUGGUGGUGAUCGGUGUCGUCGGGUCAGCAGUUAUCGUCAAGAUCUUGGACAUGUUCUUCCCGACUUGUGAACAUAAGGACAUCUUUCACAUAAAUCCUGUCACUCUCAUGCCAGAGGACGAGAAACACACUCUGCUGGAGAGUAUAGAAUUAGAGGCACAAGAGGAAGAAGACCAGGACAAGCCCUGAAGGAAUUGACUAGGCCAGCUCCUUUUACUUUCAGUUUGUUCUUAUUUGUUCUUUAACAUCGCUUACUGUCUCACAUUAUCAUGCUAGUUUGUGUUCAGAUUUGUGAAGCGGUUGUGUUUUUUUUCCCUUGGUUAAUCCCUUCAGCAGAAUAGCCACAGAUCAGGAGCAGACCCUCAAAUAGACUGGUGGUUUGUUGCUGGUCCGCCUCAGAUUUAGUCCCAUUAUAUAAUUAGCAGAGAAAGUGAGCAGUUUAAUAGCACUAGGGUUGAGGCUGUGGCACUGACGCUCACAGGUCACCAGAGAAGCACUCCGUGGCUGUUCAGGGUAGAUGUUAUGGAAAGCCUGUUGCAUCAUGUCACAAAUGACAUAACAUGCCUGCCUUCUAAUGUGACAUGUUGCUUUUUCUGACACAGGUUUUACCCACUUGAUGGGAAAAAUGCCGUAGCAAAGUGGCUCACCCUUACAAAUGUUUCUUUAUUGUGAUAUAAAAUGUCAAAAGCAAGAAAGCCGGAUUCAUGUUUGUUGUUGAAGGUUUUGAACUAGUUCAACAACUUGGAGAUUACAUGCGUUGGCUUAUGAUUGACACCAACGUCAUGUCAUACAGCUAGGUUGGAUGUUAUAUAUCGACAGUAUGUACAAAAGUGUAAAAAAAUAUUACUUGCCAAACUAUUUCUGGCACAGUGAUUAUCUAGAGACUUGCCAUGUGGUGUCCAGGCAACCAGCAGAUACAUAGUCAGAAAGUCGGUGCUUUGACCCUUAUAUGUAAUGCUGAAAGGAAAUGAGCGUCAAAGUAUUCCUUUUAAGCAAUCAUGGACAAGACAACCUAAAAAAAGAAAGGGUAAAAAAGGCAGGCCUGGAAUACCAAUAAAUGAACUAUAGGUUCAGCAAAUGAAUAUGAACAAACUGGAUUUUUCAGGUGCCGCAACCAACAAGUUUGAGUCUUUGUUUUCAAUGUAUUUUCACACUAUGCUUUUCCCCCCAAAAAUUCACCCUACGGCCUCCCUGAAUGCACCUCCUUUUUAAGGCCUGUUUUCUGCUAUCGAAGCUCAAUCAAUAGAUGAUUGGGGUGGUGUGAGUUGCAUUUGGUUUUCUUUGACUUGAUGUGUGGCGUCCUGUUUAUUACUACGGAGAGUCCCUCACAUUGUCUAUGCAGAGACUGGACUGGUCCAGUUCAGUAUGUAAAUUAUUGCUUAAGAGUAGAAAACUGGGCUUGACUUGGUUUUAGUUAUUGGUUGAAAAAGUAGGUUUAAUUAAUCCCAAACUCCCAAGAUUUUUGUCUGUGUAAUUUUAUUUGGAGAUUAAUCAGUCUUUACUAUAAAAACACCGGCUUUUACGGCAGAGGGUUAGGGCCAGGCAGAAGGGGAAAAAUAGUUUAUUUCCAGAAUAUAGUUCCAAAGUUUUCAAUAAAUGCACUAACACUAGUAUUUCCAUUUCUUCUCAAAUUAAAUCCUAAUGCUCGACCUAAUUGUUUAAACUUUUGUUAAGUUUAUUCAUUAAAAGCUAAAUAGAAAAAAAAUCCCUCUUCCAAAAAAAAUCCAAAUACUCCUCCGCAGCUCAUUGGGCACAGUGCAUGAUGUACUGCAUUAGCCAACAGGUGCAUGUGUAGUCUAGCUAGUGAAUGUACUUUGCUGCUCGUUUGGCAUGACGACUGAAAAUAGCUCCACGAUCUCUGGUUCAGCCUCAAAUUCACAAUUGAUAAACUUGAUAGUUUUGUGCUUUAAGGUGGCACUAAAUUAGCCUUUGAGGCAAGCAAUGUCAGGCAUGAUGCGGAAUAAAAUAAGUUUGCUGUUAAUUUAAAUGGGGGUUGACUAUUUUGAGACAUUUGUGUGCAUACAUUGUAUGAAUUACAGCAGGACGAUCCUGCUGAUUAAAUGCUCACCUUAUGACCAUCAA